AUGGCACCCAACGCUCCUUCCCACAUCCUGAUAAUAGGAGGAGGGAUAUGUGGAGUCUCAACUGCCUAUUUCCUAUCAACCCAUCCAGCAAGGUUGGCCACUACCAAAAUCACCUUAUUGGAAGGUACCAAGAUUGCCGCUGCUGCUUCAGGUUAUUCCGGUGGGUUCUUAGCCAAAGAUUGGCAUGGGAGUGCUACGUCCGACCUCAGCGCCAUGAGUUACGAUUUACAUGAAGAGUUGGCAAAGAAAUUCGGGGGGAAAGAGAAUUGGGGUUAUAGGACGGUUGACACGCUUUCAAUCGAAACGGACGCUACUCGAAAAUCCAAGAAAUCCUCCCCACUUCCAUGGCUACCCGAAGGUCUCGUUCAUUCCAGUAGAUCACUAGGAAGUCACUCUACCACCGCUCAAGUCCAUCCUCGCCAAUUCACUGAAUUCUUCACUAGGAAGUUCUUAGAAGCACCUUCUACCUCCGUCAAGAUCGGUACAGCAACCUCACUUUCGCUCAACGACAACACGCCAAGAUCAGUCGGGUAUACCAACGAACAAGGCGAGAAAGAGGAAUUGGAGGUAGAUGCUGUGGUCAUUGCUGCUGGACCUUGGACAGGGAAAUUAUCAGAACAGCUUUUGGGUAAUAAAGUAGGAAGUAAAUUGAGUGUGCAGGGACAUAGAGCUCAUUCGAUCGUUUUGAAAACGAAAGAACAACUUUCAGCAACUUGCUUGUUCACAAGUAUGACGUUGAAAGAUGGGAGUGCGGCCGAACCUGAGGUCUAUGCUAGACCGGAUGGUGACUGCGGUGCAGGCGACGACGAACCACUCCCACCAACAGCCUCUAAAGUCUCACCGUCCCCCUCGGCAAUCGCGAAAUUGCAUAGACAGUCUCAAGCCCUAUCCGACGUAUUUACACCGGAAAAGAACGUGGAAGUCGUAGCUGAGCAGGCGUGUUAUCUACCUAUUGCCGAUAGAGGAAGACCAUUGGUAGGGAAAGUAAGAGGAGUGGAAGGUGUAUGGGUUGGAUCUGGUCUAUCUUGCUGGGGUAUAACCCAAGGUCCAGGAACUGGUAAAGUCCUAGCUGAAUUGAUAUUGGAAGGUAAAGCGAAAUCUGCAGAUAUCUCAAAACUUGCUCCUUGA